CCCUUUUCCCUAGCUGGUUUCCAGAAUGGAGGAACCACUGUCAAUGGAGAUGUCUUCCAGGAGUCCAAUGGCCCCACUGAUGCCUACGCAGCCAUAGCCAAGGCUGAUCGGCUGACCCAGGAACCUGAGAGCAUCCGCAAGUGGAGGGAGGAGCAGAAGAAGCGCCUGGAGGAGCUGGGUGAGACCUGUGAUGCCUUUCAGACAAUAAUAGCGGGGAUGGGGGACAAGGCUGGGGAGCUGCAGCUGUCUUGCCUGCUGGGGGCUGCCCAGCAGAACCAGUGGGUGACAAUCUGGCUGAUGGGGUCUGUCCGUGAGAAGGCCAAGAAGGACCUGGAGGAGUGGAACCUGCUGGAGCCCAACCCUGCAGGGAUGGAGCUUUGCCAAGCGAAGGCCAAGAAGGACCUGGAGGAGUGGAACCUGCGUCAGAAUGAGCAGAUGGAGAAGAACCGAGCAAACAACAGGAUCGCUGACAAAGCCUUUUACCAGCAGCCGGACGCCGAUGUGAUCGGUUAUGUGGCAUCGGAGGAAGCAUUCCUGAAGGAGUCCAAGGAGGAAACCCCUGGCUCUGAGUGGGAGAAGGUGGCCCAGCUCUGUGAUUUCAAUCCCAAGAGCAGCAAGCAGAGCAAGGAUGUCUCGCGGAUGCGCUCGGUGCUCAUCUCCCUCAAACAGACACCCCUGUCCCGUUAG